AUUUUUUGGAAGAAGGUCUCCCACAUACACCUCGUCAUGCAGUUCUCCACGCUUAUUCGAGUUGCAGUUUUUGCGGUUUUGGCAAUUGCUACACUUGCAGAUUACGACGACAAUUCGGUCGGAACAAUCCCAGUGGCUGUUGAUUUGGACUACUUUUCCAAUUACGUAAAGAAAGGCGGACCCCAGGGACCACUUCGAUUCGGAAAACGACGUGGACCAUCUGGACCUCUCCGUUUUGGAAAGCGAUCAUCAUUCCACGUGGCACCUGCUGCUGAAGACGUCGCGUCGUGGUACCAGUAAAUAAUUUGGAGAGCGGUCAUUUUCUUGCCAACAACUUUUUUCUCCCCGAUUCCGUUCCCCCGUUUUUCCAUCCCUCACCUGACUGUGCUGCAUGUGUUUCUAUGAAAUAAAUAAGAUGAUUGGUUAAUAAAAUAUGUUUUCAAGUUAA